CAUUCUCUAUAGACUGUUGACAUCAAUCAGUCUUUUGAUGCUUGUGUGCCGAGGGUAAGUAUUUCCCUUUUAGGUAUGAAGCAGGAGCUGCUGAGAGACAUCCAGAAGGAGAUGAGGAUAGCAGCAGGGGCAGAAAAGCUGUACCGUGUCACCAAGGACAGACAGACCAAAGCCCAGGUGAAGAAGCUGAGGACGAGCAGUGAGAAGAAGGUGAAAGCCCUUUACUCCGCUCUCCUCAAGCUCAAUGAGGAUAUAGCUCAGAGGGAAGCAGAGAAUGCUCCAGAUGCAGUACCGGAGAAUACCAGUGACACCGGGGUAAACAUCCAAGCAAGAGAGAUCACUGCGCCUGAGGUUCAGGUCAUUUCAGAACCUGCCAGUGAUACUUCCCAACAUCAACAUCACGAAUCAUCUGAGGAACCUGUUCCAGAGACAGAACAGCCGCCCGAAGAGCCAUCUGACAGGUAAGGCUUUUUUGGAGUUUAUUAGAGGUCAGAUUAAAUCCCUACCCCAUACUUUCAUCCAUUUAGAUAAAAUCUAUCUAACAACUGGAUUAUUAUUCUAAUGAAUGUAAAAUACCAGAAGAUUAAAUUAUUGGCAACAAAAGAGGGCAGGUGGUAAGAUGCACCUGCAUUUGGCUGGGAUGUUCCACAAUAAAUAAUUCAGUAGCACAGUGCCAGCUAAGAAUUAUGGAUGGGGGUAGUAUUGAUGAUUAUGGAGGGUGUAUCUGCUAAGGGAACCAAUAGGGUAGAUUGCAGCUAAUCAUUCGCUAAGGGAAAGAAUGAAUUGGAAUGAACACUAACUUGUAUUAUACAUACAGUGACUUACCUGCAAACGACAUCAAUGAGGAGGCAGAGGAAGAGGCAAAAGGAGCAGUUGUUGAAGAACAUCCAGUGCAAGAACAGCCUGAGAACGAGGAAGAAAGGUGAGAUCACAGUUUACACGCAAGGCCGCAGUUUAGCCUGCUUUCUUCUAUAAACAUUACACUUUUAUUAUAAUGAUAUUUUACCUCAAU